AUGUCGGAUUCUCAGCAACCCACUACCGUCGCCGCAACCGACGCGAAUGAACGAUCAAGACCUUGGGGUCUGCGGUGGAGAUGUUCGCCUUGGUUUAUCACCAUCGUACUCUGGUUAGGCAUUUUAUCAGAUUGGACGGUCUACUCUGUCAUCGUCCCAGUCAUCCCGUUUCAAAUCGAACGUAUGGGCUAUUCUGACGUUUCUGGUCUCACCGGAUGGCUCCUCUUUGCUUUCUCCAUUGGGACAGUCGUGCUCACCCCUCCGAUUGCAAUACUGUCUGAGCGAUACAAGAACAGGCAGGUUCCGCUUAUAUGUGGACAGCUGGGUAUCAUUGCAGCCCAAAUUCUGUUCAUGGAAUCACCGACAUACUGGCCGAUGAUUAUCGCUCGGAUUCUGCAGGGCUUCAGCUCCUCUGUGGUGUGGAUAGUAGGAUUGGCGCUUGUCUGCGACACAGUCCACGAAAGCUCCAUCGGGCGACAUUUCGGGUUGGCCAUCAGCGGGGCCGCUCUCGGAACGGUCAUCGGGCCCCCAGCGUCCGGAGCACUGUACACAGCUUAUGGUUUCCGGGCACCGUUCAUCUUUGGCAUUAUCUUCUCCGCGGUAGAUCUAGUAGCCCGUCUGCUAGUGAUCGAGCGCAAACACGCUCUACAAUGGGGAAUCGACCCUGCCGCACUUCCUGCCCAGGCGGCAGAUGCUGAGAAAGAAGGAGAAACGUCUGCACCUUCGUCUGGCGAAAAGAACGAUAACGACAACGAUGACGAUCAGUCGUCGACGCCAAACAGCUCAGACAUAGUUACUCUUGAACCGAAGGACGCGGAAGCUGUUGCUGUGUUGCCCAUUAGUCCAGAGACGCAUCGGGAGCUGAGCCUUCUUGAGACGGCGAACAAGCUCAUGAGGUCACGUCGGGCUCUCGCAACAUGCAUCUGUGCCUUUCUUUACGCACUUGUAGUCACCCUCCAGGAGCCCGUUCUUCCCCUGCACAUGCAAGCCAUAUGGAACUAUGAUUCGACCAAGGUCGGUCUCGUGUACAUGGCCAUCAUUCUGCCCGGUAUGAUUUCGAGUAUCAUCGGAGGGUGGUUGAUGGACAAGACGGGACCAGCCAUCGUCGGAGCGAUCGCAGUUGCAUUCAGCAUGCCCUGGUUUGGGUUAUUGAUACUGGACAAGUCUGUUGGUCUAUUUAUUGCCAUGCUCGCGCUGUCAGCCCUUGGCUUCACAGGUCUCUUAACGGUGACAAGCACGGAACUAUCGUCGGCAACGAGGAUGCUGAAAGGUGUCGGAUUUGCGCACACAUAUGGGGUGCAGAACAUGGCGAAUGGUUUGGGAUCUGCAGUGGGACCUAUUAUUAGCGGUCAAUUGUACGACCAUCUGGGAGAUGGCUGGACAGUGGUCAGUGCCCUCUUGGUGGCAAUUGCGGGAAUCGCGACUGUGAUCAUAGUUUGCUGUUUCGAAGAAGAGACAUUGCUGUCGCGAAUGCGGCGGCAAAAGCCAGAAGAAUCAACCAUAAAGGAGGCCCUGCCCGAAGCAUAG